AGCCGCAGUGGGCCGGGCGGGCGCCUCCCGCCGAUCCCGCUCCCGCCCCCGCCCCCGGAGCUGCGACGACUCAGACCUCGGCGGGUCUCGCGGCUGGCGGACCAGUCCCGUACGUAGCAGGCGUCAUGGCCCCGGCCCUGCGCGGCCUCCCGCGGCGCAGCCUCUGCCUGCUCCUGGUGCAUCACCUCUUCAUGGCCACCGCCUGCCCGGACUUCGACUACGAUGCCGUCUUGCAGGACGUCUGCCUCGCCCCAUUCAAGGUGGACAUGGAGGCCAUCGGUAGGACGCUGUGGUGUGACUGGGGCAAGACCAUCGAGAGCUACGAUGAGCUCAGGAACUGCACCAUGUACGUGAUGGAAAGGCUGGACUGCUACUGGCCAAACGCCAUGGUGAACAAGUUCUUCAUCACCGUCCACCAGCACUACUUCCUAAGCUGCCCUGUCCCUGGCCGGGCCAUGCAGGACCCGCCCCUCAGCAUCCUCUGCCCCUUCAUUGUGGUGCCCAUCCUGAUGACCCUGCUCAUGACUGGGCUGGUGGUCUGGAGAAGCCAGCGCACCGAGGGCAUCGUGUAGGCCGCGGCCUGGGAACUGCCCCCAUGCUGAGGCUGCGGGCAGGCAGGGAGGCCGGGGAGCUCUGGGCCUGGCCUGGGAGUGGCUUCCUGGCCCUGAUGUCAGAGCAGGCCCCAAGCCCCCUCGUCCCACCUGGGAUCGGCUAAGAGGAUUUCGGAGCGGCGGUGGUGCAGGCAUUAACCUGGAAGCCGCCAGCUGGAGGUGAAGGCCGCCCUAGGAAGGGGGCUGGUGCUAGGAGGGAGCAGAACUUAACGGCCAUCAUUUCUGGGGAGUCUCUGAUGUGUUUGCUCUCACCUCUAGCCAGACUGUGGGUGAGAAGAUUGUGAUUAAAAGGAUGUCCUUGAA